AUGCGCAUCAGUUUGUCUGCUGCUGUUGACUCUGCUGCUGCAGCAACAGCAUCCAAUGACUCAGCAGCAGCAGCAGCAGCAGCAGCAGCAGAAGCAGCAGGGAAAGCAACUGCAGCUACACCGGAUGCAGCUGCAGCAGAACAGCAUAAACACAGACAGCUGGGUAAAAGGCUGGGGGGGCGGCUGUCUUCGCUGCGGGCUCUUGCGGGGCGUCGUCGCUCCACGAUGCCCCCCCUGAUGCAGCAGAACGAACAGCAGCAGCAGCAGCAGCAGCAGCAGCAGCAGCAGCAACAGAAGCAGCAGCAGCUUCAGCUUGCUGUGCCGCUCCCUGCACGCGCUGUACGCCUAGAGUCUUACCCAGGCUUCAGAGCAGCCCCAGAGGAGGAGACAGUCUCUCUUAGUCGCGCGGAUUCUCUCUCUCUGUCUCUGCAGUUUUCUCCCGGGCUCCCCUGCAAGCAUCAGCUCUCUCCUUAUCCUAUGGGGGGCCCCUACCAGGCGAGCCCCCAGGGGGCCCCCCAGGGGGCCCCGCAGGUGGUCCCCGCGAGGCCCCCCCUGCACUCGCUGCAGGCCCCCCACUUCAAACCCCCACAGGCACGAGGGGACGAGGCCCCUACCCUGGCGGUAGAUGCACGCAGACACCGCCUGGGGCCCCCCCCUACCUUUGCUAGAACAGCUGAAGGGGGGGGCCCCCCGGGCCUCCAGCGUCUCAGUGGGGGCCCCACCCCCAGGGGCCCCCGCCAGAGCGUCUCCUUGGCUCAGGCCUUUCUCAACCUCCAACCCCAAGACAGCCAGGACUGGGGAGACAGCGACUCUAUAGAUGCAGCAGCAGCAGCAGCUGCUGCUGCAGCAGCUGCAGCAGCAGCACCAGCAGCAGUACCACUUCGCACCUGUAGCUCCGCAGGAUCUGCUUCCUAUGUACAUCCGCUUACAGACGUAGAUGAUGCACGAGCAGCCUUUGCUGCAGCUCCUGCUGCUCCUGUUGCUGCUGCUGCUGCUGCUGCUGCUGCUACUGGGUUAGAGAGUGAGCACAAACAAAAGGAGAAGGAAGAUUCAGAAUCUUCGAGUUGCGAAUGCUGCUGCUGCUGCUGCUGCUGCUUGCUGCGUCCGUUCACGAGAAGGCGAGGGGCUUCACAGUCACAGCAGCAGCAGCAGCAGCAGCAGCAGCAGCAGCAGCAGCAUGGGCAGCAGCGGCGCUCCCGUAAGUUUGUGCUGCAGCACCUCCCCCGCAGCCUUUCUAAGGAGCCCCCGCCCUCGUACCCUUCUCCGCAGCUGCUGGAGUCUCUGCGGCGGCGACAGGAGCAGUUGCUGCUGCAGCAGUUUCCCCUUAAAGGUGUUGGUAUUGGUUUGCUGCUGCAGCGGCUGCUGCUGCUGCUGCUGCGGCCCCGAGGAAGAGGCUUUGCUGCAGUCAUAGAUGACGGGGUGUAUAUACAACGCAAGCAGCAGCUGCUGCUGGCUGCGCUUGCUGCUGCUCCCCACUGUGCUAAGCUGCUGCUGAUCCUUCGUCCAUUCCUGGGCCUGUUGCCGCUGCUGCAGCUGCAGCAGCAGCAGCAGCAGCAGCAGCAGCUGCUGCUGCAUCAGCAGCAAGAAGGAGCGCAGCAGCCGUCAGGUGUAAGAGGAGGCCUCUGCAGCAGCAUAGAAGUGGUGGGGGGGGAGGGGAGCCUCUUGCUGCUGGUGCUGCUGUCUCUACAGGUGAUGAUGCAGGGUGUAUUAUACUUGUGUAUGUCUGUACCUUUUAUUGAUGUUUUGUUUGUUGCACUAGGCAGCUGUCUCCGUCUCGCCUCUCUGCAUGCGCUGCUGCUCACGCUGCAGUGUUUCGGGGGGGCAGGGCCCCCCUCACACUCACACCCAGACGCGGCGGGGCUGCAACUGGGGGGCCACCCUCAGGGGGCCCCCCUAGGGACCGUAUUACCACCAGCAGCAGCAGCAGCAGCAGCAGCAGCAGCACCAGCAGCACUAACAAUCGGCAUCCAACAGCAACAGGAGCCGAUAGCUCGCUUGCUGCUGCGCUUGCUGCUGUGCCUUCCCCCCCUCUUUUCUCUGCUGCAGCUGCUUAUCCCCAUAUCCAGUCUCCUUUGCUUCAGGCGCACCAUAUCCUGCUGUGUGCUUCUGCUGCCGCAAAGCGGCAGCAGCAGCAGCAGCAGCAGCAGCAGCAGCAGAAAGCAGGAGGAAUGCUUGGCCUUUUGA